AUGGUUGACACGUUCAUCGCCUAUCUGCGCGCGGUGCGCCACAGCUCGCCCGCUACCGUUCGUGCGUAUCGGCGUGAAGUGGAGCGUUUCCUGCGGUCGGUCGGCACCGAUGAUCCGCGCUCGGUCGACACCGCCGCCGUACGUCGCUAUAUCGCUUCCUUGUUACGCGACGGCCUGGGACCGCGGUCCGUGAAUCGGGCCGUGAGCGCGGUACGCUCAUUCUACCGGUUCCUGCGGCGCUAUGACGGCGACACGCCGGAUCCGACCGCGGGUCUGCGCGGGCUGCGCGCCGACUCCCGGCUGCCGGUGUUCCUGUUCGAGGAUGAGGCGGCGGCCGUGCUGGAGGUGCCGGGAGAGGGACUGCUGGCGGCGCGCGAUGCGGCGUUGCUGGAGCUCCUCUACGCGACCGGUUGUCGGGUUGCCGAGGUAGCGGCGCUCCGGCUCGACGACGUCCAGAUCGAUGCUCGUACGGCCCGCGUCACCGGAAAGGGCGGCAAGCAGCGCAUGGUCUAUCUGACCCAGCCGUCGGUCGACUCGCUGCAGGCAUACCUGCGGCACCGAUUCACGGCGCAUCCGGAGUCCCGCUCGGAGCCCGCGGUCUUUCUCAACCGGCGCGGAGGCGCCCUGAGCGACCGCGGCAUGCGCUUGGCGGUAAGCCGCUACCGUCACCAGGUCGGCAAGCCGAUGUCCCCGCACACGUUCCGGCACAGUUUCGCCACGCACCUGCUCAACGGCGGGGCCGACAUCCGGACGGUGCAGGAGUUGCUCGGCCAUGCGAGCCUGUCCACCACCCAGGUGUACACCCAUACCAGUGUGGACCGCCUCCGCGAUGUCUACGCCGUCGCCCACCCACAUGCCGGCCGGCGCCGAUCGGACGCGGCGCCGUGA